AUGGAGGAACCUUCGAGAAAAAAGUUAAAGACAACAGCGAAGUUCCCGAAGACCUCAACGGGCCCUCGUAUCACCGAUCCUCGAUUCGCAAAUAUUCAGUUCGACCCACGUUACCGCCUCCCCGGAAAGCAAAGCAAGGUCAAGGUCGACAAACGUUUUACUCGAGUCCUUGAAGAUGAGGACUUUGUGAAGCGAGCCAAGGUUGACCGGUAUGGCCGCCCACUCGAAUCCAACGCGGAGAGGAAGCGGUUGAAGCGGAAAUAUGAGUUUGAUAGCGAGGAAGAGGGCAAAGAUGAUGAACAGAGCGAUGUGCCGGACGACGAUGGCGAAGUGCAACAGGAACUGAGCCGGAUUGAGAAGAAGACUCGUGAUCCGUUGCGGGAAGGUAGAGACUCUGACUCGGAGGAUUCCUCAGAUGAGACCACAAGUGACGAGGAGUCCGAAGAGGGAGAAGCAGCGACUUUGGAGGAUGAGGUUGGCGUCGGUCCAACGCAGCAAACAGACAUCCCGACAGGCGAGGUGACCUCUCGCAUUGCCAUUGUCAACCUCGAUUGGGACAAUAUACGUGCCGCCGAUCUAAUGGCCGUCUUCACCAGUUUCCUCCCGUCUUCAGGCUCGUUGCUGAAGGUAUCCAUCUACCCCAGCGAGUUCGGCAAAGAGCGUCUGGAACGUGAAGAAAUGGAAGGUCCACCCAGAGACAUCUUUGCGAAUCCUGCAAAGGAAGACGCGAAUGAAGACUUCGAGGACGAAGAACUGGCAGAUGAAGACAUCAAAAACUCCUUGCUGAAACCCGACGACGGCACCACCGAUUUCGACUCGACUGCCUUGCGCCGCUACCAAAUCGAACGUCUGCGCUAUUUCUACGCCGUCUUGACAUUCUCUUCGGCGAGUGUGGCAAAACAGAUCUAUGAUGCCGUUGAUGGGACUGAAUAUUUGCGCACAGCAAAUUUCUUUGACCUCCGUUUUGUGCCUGACGACACCGAUUUCUCCACCGAUAUUCCUCGUGAAGAGUGUCAUACAAUCCCUGACGAUUACCGGCCGAAUGAGUUUGUUACAGAUGCAUUGCAGCAUUCCAAGGUAAAAUUGACGUGGGACGCUGAGGACGGCAGUCGGAAAGAAGCAGUGGCAAGGGCUUUCAAAGGUGGGAGGCACGAAAUUCUUGAGAAUGAUCUGAAAGCCUAUCUGGCUUCGGACGGUUCGGAUGAUGAUGAUGAAGAGGAGAACGAGGCUGUUUCGAAUAGCAAGAAAGAAGAAGAAAGACAACGCAUGCGCACGCUCCUCGGUCUCCCGCCCGAGCCGGAGAAGAAGGCCUCUAAGAAGGAUAAAGGGCCGGUCGGAGGUGUGCAAAUCACGUUCACUUCUGGGUUGAGUGGUGGGUCGAAGGAGAAGAGUAAGAAAUCAGUGUUCGAAAACUCACCCGAACCCGAGGAGACAACGCUGGAGAAAUACAUCAGGAAGGAGAGAGAGAGGAAGCAGAAGCGUAAGGAGAAAAUGAAGAAUGUUCGCGAGGGUCGCGUUCCCGAGGCCGACGCCACUGCCGACGAUAACGACAGCGGUGAAGAACAAGAAGUUCCAGCUGGGAACGACCAGGAAGAUUUGGGUUUCGAGGACCCGUUCUUUGCGGAACCGUCAGCUGCAUCCGAGAAAGCUGCCUCUAAGAAAUUGAGAAAGGAAGAGCGCCUGAAGAAAAAGAAGGAACGUGAGGCCGAAGAGGAGGCAGAGCGCAAGCAGCGAGCAGAGCUUGAGCUGUUGAUGGCCGACGACGACGUUGCCCAAGACGGCGCAGCAGGAAAGAGGAUUAGGCACUUCGACAUGCGCGAGAUCCAGAAGGCUGAGAAGGAGGAGCGGAAGAAGAACAAGAAGAAACUCAAAGCCAAGAAGGGCCCAGCCAACGGCAGGAACGACAGUGGCAACCCAGAAGAUGAACAAGACGCGUUCAAAGUGGACACCUCAGAUCCCCGUUUUUCUCGACUGUUUGAGAGCCAUGAGUAUGCCAUCGAUCCGACGAAUCCGAAAUUCAAGGGCACGAAAGCCAUGCGCGCUCUAUUGGAGGAAGGACGCAGGCGAAAGCACAAGGAGACACGCGAAUCAGACGAGAAACACUCCCGUCCAGAGCUUCCCACCGGUGAUGAUGCUCAUGCUCGGAUCGUACAGCGCAAGAGCGAUGGCGGUGCGAACAAACCCGAUGGAGUCAGUGAUGUGAAGAGCCUUGUUGAGAAGAUUAAACGCCGCCACAAGAGCUGA